UUCAGCACACCACAUUCCCCGCUUCUCUUUCCUGCAGGCAAUCAUCCAAGAGCAAGCCACUUGAUGUAUACGUUCUCCGUGAUCAUUUGAAUACGCAUAUCUGGUGAUUUUAAAAAAAUCAUCUUUAGAGCGUUUACGAGGAUUAACAAUCUGACCGCGAAGCUCUAACAAUCUCUGAUACUGCACAGUAGAUGCUAAUUUCCCCACCAUGGCAACAGAAGACAAGAAACCAGAGACUGACACAAAGCCUCCAGUUGUGCCGUCAGCGUCUGCCAGCCAAAGCAAGUCGGCACCUGCAAAGCCAAACUACAGCCUGAAAUUCACAUUAGCGGGCCACACUAAAGCUGUGUCCUCUGUCAAAUUCAGUCCGAGUGGAGAAUGGCUCGCCAGCUCGUCUGCUGACAAACUGAUCAAAAUCUGGGGAGCGUAUGAUGGCAAAUUUGAAAAAACCAUAUCUGGACACAAACUUGGUAUAUCUGAUGUGGCCUGGUCCUCUGAUUCCAACCUCCUGGUGUCUGCAUCAGAUGACAAAACCCUGAAGAUCUGGGAUGUCAGCUCGGGGAAGUGCUUAAAAACUCUGAAAGGUCACAGCAACUACGUCUUCUGCUGCAACUUCAACCCCCAGUCCAAUCUUAUUGUGUCAGGGUCGUUUGAUGAGAGUGUAAGGAUAUGGGACGUGAAGACUGGGAAAUGUCUGAAAACUCUGCCAGCUCACUCUGAUCCCGUCUCCGCCGUUCACUUCAACAGAGACGGCUCUCUGAUUGUGUCCAGUAGCUACGAUGGCCUUUGUCGAAUCUGGGACACAGCAUCAGGGCAGUGUUUAAAGACACUGAUAGAUGACGACAACCCUCCCGUGUCAUUUGUGAAGUUUUCCCCCAAUGGGAAAUACAUUCUGGCUGCUACACUGGAUAACACACUGAAGCUAUGGGACUACAGCAAAGGAAAAUGCUUGAAGACAUACACAGGCCAUAAAAAUGAGAAGUACUGCAUAUUUGCAAAUUUCUCUGUCACUGGUGGGAAGUGGAUCGUGUCGGGCUCAGAAGACAACAUGGUUUAUAUCUGGAACCUGCAGACGAAGGAGAUUGUGCAGAAACUCCAGGGCCACACAGAUGUUGUCAUUUCGACCGCCUGCCACCCCACAGAGAACAUCAUCGCAUCUGCGGCUUUAGAAAACGACAAAACCAUCAAGCUAUGGAAAAGCGACUGCUAAGCCAUUUUGGAUCUUUUGGGCCACUUGUGUUCCCUUUAUUUUUUUUUUUAUAUAUAUAUAUAAAUAUAUAUAAUUUUCCUGCAUUUUAUUGUAAGACAGGAGGACUUUUGUUUUCUAACAGAGCGCUCCUGCUGGAUUGGAAGAAUGAAAGGAAACUUCAUCAAAUGUUAUGACAUUCAGCCAGGAGAACCAAACCAGACACAUCAUCCACACACAGUUCUGCAGCGGACGUUAUCCUCUCAACGCACGUGCCAGAUGUCGACGUCACAUUAUGGAAAUUUGUGAUUUUUUUUUUUUUUUUUUUUUUUUGGUUUUACUUUGCAAAGUUCUGGUGCGUUAGUAUUUUUUUAUUUUUAAAACACUGCAUUAACUUUGAUGUCACUGCCCCCAUCAGCACGUUUCUGCUCUUGUACGAUAAAUUGAAUGGUUAUUUGAUCCUCUGUAUUUUUUUUCUUGCCUUUGUGUAACUCAGCAGUACCAUCUAUAGUACAUGACUUGCAAGUGAAGAGGAGAUGGUAUACAUAAGGAUCACUACACUGAAGGAUUUUAGAUCUUAAGUGAGUGCUGUAUGCCUGAUAAGUGCUGAUUUUUAGGGCAACAAACCAGUAUUGGAUUUAAGUGCGAACGUUGGGAAAUAUGCAGAGUAUGUCAAAAAAAAUCCAAGAUUUGUUCCCAAAAAAUGCUUUUUUUUUUUUAAACAUCAUAGUAUUGGCGCACCCUUAAAAAUUUUUUACUUAUCAUUUGACAGUUCACGUUAGUGACCAAAUGCAGUUAUUGUGUUCCAGUAUUUGUACAUAUGCCACACGUCGCAAUUUGAUUACUUUAGCUGUCUUUGUGUUUUUAUGUUCUCUGCUUGACUAGCUGAUAGCUCUGCACAUGAAGCCAACAGGCUGCUUUUCCUGUAGUUAACCUGGAUUCUGUGUAAAAUAUGUUCACAUCUGAAAGCUGUAACUCACAUCCGAAAUAAAACCAGUUUUUGUAUGUUUCA